AGAGCGAAUUCCUUAGCAUUCUCGUACGCUUUUGGAUUUCUUAUUCCCAAAUAUCGCAGCCCACAGGCAUCGCAACAUCCUAAUUCCUUGCAUUUACUAAAUAUUUGCUUCUGAUCCAUUUUUCAAAAAAUAAUUAAAACCAAAACAAACAUGCGCUUUUGAUUAAAUUUCAACAGAACUUAAAAUCAAAUACAACUGACCUUAUGAACUGAAAAGCAUUUUAUCAACUUUGUCAUAGAGUACUUAUUAGCUUAAGCAAAUAUUCGAUACUUAUUUCUUUAGUACUCUGUGAUACCCAACAUGUCAAAUUAAGAAAUUCCUUGUUUGUUUGAUUGUUGGUUUUUUUUUACCGGCUGUUUCGAUUGUUUUCAGAAAAAAUAUAUGCUCAACGAGUAAUUAAAAAUAUUGAUAUCAUUUCUGAUAACUAAUUGCAUUUAAUGAUAUGAAUGUUUUUCUUGCAAUACUACGAUAAAUAACAGUUUGUAGUGAAAAUUUGCAUGCUUAAUUUUAGUACACUGCAUACAACGGAACGUGAAAAAUUUACUUUGACACUAUUUGUAUACCAGUGCAAAAAAUGCUCGUUCAGCUGAUUGGAUAAUAUUUUGUAAAUACAAAUUAGAAGUUUAGUUUUGAUUUUUUUCAGUAAUAUAAAGCAAAAUAAAGCAUCUCUAUAUAAUUUUUCAUGAUGAUUUUUUCUAUCACUAACAUAAGUGCACGGUACGAUAAAACGUUUUUGAACUCGCUCAUGUACUGUCAAAUCUGUCAGAUUUUGUAUUUUUAUGUAAUUCAAAAUAAAAAAAUCAAAAUUGCUUCAAAUAGGCACCGGUGAAGCUGUAGACAAUAAGUAAUAAUAGUUACAUUAAUAUAAAAUGGGAGCAGUACAUGCCAAGUCGGCCGACAAUACGGGUGAGGUGGGGGGUGGGUUAUUUGAAUUUGAGGAGCCUGUGGAGCUGGAAGAGGAACCGAUGCCCAAACCACAGAUCAAACUGGAAGGUGUACGGGCGCGCGUGGACCGUGUCCAUGUAGAUGGGCUGAACCGCACCAAAGACGACAUCAUAAAGAGCACAGUAAACGAUCUCUUCCAAGCCACAGACUUCGAGGAUGUCAUAAUGCGCGCGCACAAGGUGAGACGAGCCCUGGACUCGAUGGGUUGUUUCCGCGACAUCGGCGUGUUCAUCGACGUGUCAUCGGGGCCCGAAGCUACGCCUGAGGGUCUGGAGGUGACGUUCCAAGUGAAGGAGUUGUCCCGCGUGGUGGGCGGCAUCAACACCACCGUCAGCGAGAACGAAGGCAACCUCGUGCUCGGCGUGAAACUGCCCAACGUGGCGGGUCGCGGGGAGCGCAUAGCGGCGGAGUACAGCGUGGGGCACCGCUCCUCCUCCAACUUCAGUGUGGCCGCCACCAAACCAUUCCCGCACAAACCACUCGCGCCCGUGGUGACGUGGACGGUGUACCAGCAGAACCACGAGUACCCGUGGUCCGGGUACAAGCUGCUGGACCGCGGCCUGCUGCUCGACCUCUCCUUCAACACCUCCGCAGCGACGAAACACAGCAUCCAAUGGGAGGGCUUGGUGCGCGACACGUCGGUCCUCAGCAAGACUACGAGCUUCCGCGUGCGAGAGAGUAGCGGUCCUCAAAUGAAAUCCGUAGUCCGUCACAUAAUAUCAGUGGAUCAUCGCGACGAGCCAAUAUUCCCUACUAAAGGGUCGUGGGUUCAGUUCUGCAGUGAAUUAGCUGGAUUGGGCGGUGGAGUCGCGCAUUUGAAGACCGAACUAAAUAUACAGGCUAAUGGACAGAUUAUGGAGGAUGUGGUGCUGCAAGCGUCGGGUUCGGCGGGGGUCCUGCACGACGUUUUCGGAUCGUCGCUGCCGGACCGGCUGUUCCUGGGGGGGCCCGCCUCCCUCCGAGGGUUCCGGCAGCGGGGCGUGGGGCCGCACUGCGACGGACAGGCCACCGGGGGAAACUUGUACUGGGCGGGCGGCGUGCACAUAUUCGGCCCGCUGCCGUUCACAAACGCCCAGACGGGAAUAGCUUCCUUAUUCAGAAGCCACGCCUUCCUUACAGCAGGAUGUCUCGCCGACCCCGAAGACACCACUACUUGGUGGUUAGAAUCACUUUGUGCGGUCCGAGUGUCUGUAGGGGCGGGGGUCGCCCUCCGGUUAGGGCGGGCGGCGCGACUCGAGCUCAACUACUGCGUGCCGGUGAGGAGUCUCCCCAGCGACCAGCCCGCCGCGGGGCUGCAGUUCGGAGUCGCCGCGCAGUUCCUAUAGAUGUCAUGUUUGGCCGGCACACGGAAACGCUUGAUUUAUUAUAGACGGCUCAUUCAACGCAAUGUAUUUAAUAAAUAUAAAUUGUCAUAAACUCAACUCAAAAGAAGUCGGUGCGUUGUGUACAAAUAGUUUAAUGUUUGUUGAAUUGAAUAUACAAAUGUUUUAGUUUUUACAA